AUGGCGUUGCCUCGUCCAAGAAUCCAGCUCUCUUUCCUUUCAUUUUUCUCUUUAAUCUUUAUCGCACAAUCCAAAUUAGAGCUUUAUCCUCAAGGCCACGAAGUUGUAUUGGCUAUCCUGGAGGGGAUGAGCUCCAAGGGUCAAGAUUAUGCUUUCGUCCAAAGCCCAUGCAACUUUGUUGGGAUCUUAACAGCUUCCUUGAAAUGCUUCCCUAACUCCCCAAAGUUCUCUUGCGCUAAUUACUAUUUCAGUGGAAAACUCAUUUGCAGUCAGUUUUUAAACAUUAUUUGGCACAGACAUCUCAGAACUCCAAUGCCAGAAUCUACCAUAAAGAACUCCAAACGUUACAUCUUCAUUGAGAAUCAGAUGAGGAGGUAUCAACACCCUACAAGAUUUAUUGCUCAACCUCCCUUGCAGCUGAAUGCAUUAGCACAACCUCUCAAACAUCACCACAAAAGAAUGAAGAUAGAUGGCUGGAUUUUUUGGGUUGGGAUUUUAGUAGGAGGCCUAGCAGGGCUGUCAUUUUCAAUAUUCUUGAGCUCAAUCAUGCUCAGGUGCAUUAAAGAACCUAAAGUUGUUGUGGAGAGAAAAGGCGUGACUACUUUUACAAGACUGAUUCAUCCACCAGAAUUGGCUUUCCUGAAGAAAGAAGAUAACUUGGCCUCACUUGGACAUUUCAUUGGCAAAGGUGGAUGCGGUGAAGUCUUCCGGGUCAAAUUACCAGAAAGAGGGAUUGCCAUAAAGAGAAUUGCUGAGCCCCAUAAGACUACUAGGGAGCUAACUGAAGAAGACAGCAAACUUUUGGAUAAGAAAAUGCGUCAAAUUAAACAAGAAAUCAAGACAGUUGGCCUAAUAAGACAUCGUAAUCUGCUUCCUCUAUUAGCCCAUGUGCCGCAAGCUAAGUGCCAUUAUUUAGUCUACGAGUACAUGAGGAACGGUAGCCUUGAAGAUCUAAUCUAUCGAGUUUCAAAAGGGCACGAAAAACUAUGUUGGUUGUCGAGGCAUCGAAUUGCAUUGGGAAUAGCUGAAGGGCUGAAAUAUAUGCAUACGGAUAUUACUCCGCGCAUCAUUCACAGAGAUUUAAAGCCAGCAAAUAUCCUUCUUGAUGACGAUAUGGAGGCCAAAAUUACAGAUUUUGGGCUUUCAAAAGCAUUUCCAGAAAUUAACACACAUCUAAUGAGUAAUGUGGCAGGAACAGUAGGAUACAUGGCGCCAGAGUAUCAUGAGACGCUAAUGUUUUCAGAGAAGAGUGAUAUUUACAGCUUUGGAGUAGUCUUGGCAGCUCUAGUAAUGGGAAAGCUUCCAAAAGAUGACUUCUUCCAGCACACAGAAGAGAUGAACAUGGUGAAAUGGAUGAGAAAUGUCGCGGCUUCUAGUGAUCCAUGGCGAGCAAUUGAUCCUAAUCUUAUGGGAAAUGGUCAUGAAAAUGUGUUGUUUUUAGCCCUCAAACUUGCCUGUACUUGUUCUUCGGACGAACCAAAUGAAAGGCCAAGUAGCACUGAUGUUAGAACCAUGCUGGCUUCGCAUUUUCCCCAUUCAGGCAGGAGAUGA